AGAAACCGCCCCCUCCCACUUGAGCGCCGCUCGCUUCUGAUCCAUUUCGUGAAUAUCAAAUACACACGACGCCUCCAUGUUGGAAAGAGUAUAGAGGGGGAUACAAUUAUUUUGAAAAUGAGAGUUCAAGUAACGGGAUUAUCGGAACUCUCCCAUUUUCGUAUUGAAACUUGACCGAGGCGAGCUUUUUCGUCGUUUCAUCAUUGUUUCAGUCAACGUCAAUUUUUUUAUGUUGAAUUGAACACUGAUCAGUUCAAGGCUAGCUCUAGUUGCUAGCCAGACGUUAGCAACGUUUUCUUAUUUUUAUUGAAGGUAAAUUUUUAGUUCAACGUUGGGAGUUUGUUUUGCCCAUGCUGUUCUUGAAUGUUGCUUGCUAAAUUGGAUAUUCCCAGCGAUUGACAAGUGGUGGUAUUUUGCCUUUAAACCACUAGCUAGUUACAUGUAGCCCCUCCUGUGUCCCGUCUCAGUCCAUUUGGCCAUCGUUACACUAGCUAGCUAGUUUAGGGCCCGGCUGCCAUUUCAACACAGCUAGCAAGGCAGCUACGGUAGCUAACGUCUAGGCUAACGUUAACCAUUGUGGACUAGGACUAGCUGGACAUUCUGUUUGUAGAAAACAAGCAAGUAAAUAAACAUUCAAACGAACCAAAAAGGAAUAACCAUCCGUCGCAAUGGACCACACGUCUAUAAUAACCCAGGUUUCCAACCCAAAGGAGGAGGAGAUUAUCUCAUUUAAUCAGGAAAAAGUCUCCCAGUCCAACAGCAGUUUGAAGAAGCAGAGGAGUCCAGGCGUUUUCAGUACGUUCUUCUGUUGCUUUAGGAACUACAAUGUGGAGCCUCCUGCCUCCAACAACACAAUCACCUCCCUGUCUCCAGCCCCAGAGGAGAACGGGACACAACCAAAGUUUGACCAGGUCGAGGUUAUUCCUAUCCCUAGUCCUCCAGCCAAAUUCCUCCUACCAGAGAUGAACAUAUCAGACUAUGGGAAGAAGUGUGUAGUGAUCGACUUGGAUGAGACAUUGGUACACAGCUCAUUCAAGCCCAUUAGCAAUGCUGACUUCAUAGUCCCAGUGGAGAUAGAUGGCACAGUUCAUCAGGUGUACGUGCUGAAGAGACCUCAUGUGGAUGAGUUCCUGCAGAAGAUGGGAGAGCUGUUUGAAUGUGUUCUCUUCACGGCUAGUCUCGCAAAGUAUGCUGACCCCGUGGCGGAUCUUCUGGACCAGUGGGGUGUGUUCCGAGCCCGUCUGUUCCGGGAGUCAUGUGUGUUUCACCGGGGGAACUAUGUUAAGGACCUGAGCAGGCUGGGUAGAGAGCUCAGUAACGUCAUCAUACUGGACAACUCUCCUGCCUCCUACAUCUUCCACCCCGAGAACGCUGUGCCGGUCCAGUCGUGGUUUGAUGAUCUGAGCGACACAGAGCUACAGGACCUGCUGCCCUUCUUCGAGGGCCUGAGCAGAGAGGAAGAGGUGUAUGGUGUGUUGCAGAACCUCCGGGGCAGGUAGCGCCAGGGUAACACCACCUUCCUCCUUUCUCUCCCUCCCUCUCUCUCGCUCUCUCUCACUCUGCCUCUUUAACGACACACCAUCGCUCAGGCUUAGACAGAUUUCCCGGCCUCCGGCCCCCUAGGGCCAACCUGGAGUCACACUGUGGAUUGUAGUGGGCAACCCAACACCAGACACCCCAAACAAUACACCUCUCUCCGCUAUGGUAUCCUCUCCUAGAGGCUGGGGGCUCACUGUAGUCAGAGUGGAGAAUACUCCAACUCCCAUGGAGCACAGUGGCGGAACCAGGAAGCUCGACUGUGACAUCAUCGGUUAGAAGAUGUGUAUGGAGCGACAGAAUGCGUUUUUGAUUUGAGGGACGCACAGGAAGGAACUCUAGUCUUGUGUUAUGACACCGACUAACAGGCAGAGUUGUUACUUUUAACCAAAAAUCUAUAUUUUGUGUGGAAAUGUUUUUUGUUGUGAAGAUAACCGAUAAAUUCAGUCUGAGUAUUAGGUCCUCGUAUUGUUGCUAUACAUCAGGCAGUGUCUGGUAGUUUGAAAGGACUGUGAUUUAAUGUUUUUCCUUUUCUUACCGAAUGAAGUGCCUUGUUUGAAUGUGGUUAUGAGGAGAUAUUUUGUACAUGGCAUAUUUGCAGAAUACUUCUUCAGUCUUUUUAUUGAAUUCUGUCUAUACUUUAAAAUGGAGACUGCUAUGAUUCUUUAUAACAAAGCACUGUUGUUAUUUUAGCAGGUUGUCAUACCUUGUAUUGGUUACACGUUAUAUUCUCUUCUUUUUGACACCAUAUAAGUGUUUUAUUUUAUCUUUCUCUUGCUGUCUUCACUAUACCAUAGAAUAGUGUAUUAUGGGUAAUUUGUUUUAAGAAGUAAAGGAAUAUGUAACUUUCUACAUAGCAAUUAGGCCGAAUUUUGGGGGGAAAACAUCCUGAACCAUAGUUGAAUUUGUGCCAACAUUUUUCAAUGCAUUUCUUUUAUUCGUUUUUGCCAAACGUGAUUUCAAUUGUUAAAAUCUAAGUAGGGGUUUACCUCGGUCUAUUUGAAGGAGUUUUGCCAGUUAACGAAUGCCAUUCAGUUAUGUUUUGAAGUGAAUGGAUCUUACUUUGUUAGCAAUCCAUUUCAUUAUUUUAGUCUGCUAGUUUUCAACUGGCAUGCAAGUCAUUUCAUUUCUGCACAUGGAUAUAAGUCUAGCAACAAACAAACAAAAAUAUCCUACAGGAGGCAGUAACCCAUACCAAUCCCCCCCCCCGUGGUACACUGUUGCCAUGGUAUCCCUCAUUGUUUCCAGUGAUCUGGUGUGCGUCCCAAAUGACACCCUAUUCCCUAUUUAGUGCACUACGGUUGACCACGGGCCCGUGGUCCAAAGUAGUGCACUACAUUGGAGUUAGGGGGUAGUUUGGGAUGCAAGUCCUGAUGUUGUACAGUAUUGGAAUGGGUCGAGUGCCAUGUUUCUCCUCACCGCAGUGCCUGACUUGAGUCCUGAGGACACACACGGAAACAGUACUGUAACCAAGGGCAAUAACUUUCAGGAGACUCAACCUGGGUCAGUGUUAGGGCAGUGUCCCCCCCCCCCCAUACCAUGUGACCUGAUCAGGAAAUACUCUGGCCCCAUUGUUAUUGGCUAUUACUAGGGCCUGUUGUAUUGAUUUCUUUUAGCGCGUUAUAAAAAAUAUAUUACAAAUUCAACAAUUUACAAAUACAUUUUCAAGAAAAACGGUCACAUUCCUCAGCAAGGUGGUCCCCAUUCAACAUGUUGAACUGCCGAGAGGCACCAGAACAUCCUGUUGUAGAGAACUCUGUAGGUUGUUCCAUACAUGGACAUCCUGUUGUAGAGAACUCUGUAGGUUGUUCCAUACAUGGACAUCCUGUUGUAGAGAACUCUGUAGGUUGUUCCAUACAUGGACAUCCUGUUGUAGAGAACUCUGUAGGUUGUUCCAUACAUGGGCAUCCUGUUGUAGAGAACUCUGUAGGUUGUUCCAUACAUGGGCAUCCUGUUGUAGAGAACUCUGUAGGUUGUUCCAUACAUGGGCAUCCUGUUGUAGAGAACUCUGUAGGUUGUUCCAUACAUGGACAUCCUGUUGUAGAGAACUCUGUAGGUUGUUCCAUACAUGGGCAUCCUGUUGUAGAGAACUCUGUAGGUUGUUCCAUACAUGGACAUCCUGUUGUAGAGAACUCUGUAGGUUGUUCCAUACAUGGGCAUCCUGUUGUAGAGAACUCUGUAGGUUGUUCCAUACAUGGACAUCCUGUUGUAGAGAACUCUGUAGGUUGUUCCAUACAUGGGCAUCCUGUUGUAGAGAACCCUGUAGGUUGUUCCAUACAUGGACAUCCUGUUGUAGAGAACUCUGUAGGUUGUUCCAUACAUGGACAUCCUGUUGUAGAGAACUCUGUAGGUUGUUCCAUACAUGGAAUGCAAAGAAAGUAAAAGCUGAUUGACUUGACUCUGUGAUCUGAUUAGGUUAGGAAAAACUUGUGUCUCUCCCCAUCUCAUUGUGUAGGAGUCUGAACAGUGAAAGCAGGUUCUGUUGUAAGACUCUGGGCACUGCUAAAGGACCGCAGGAUACCUCGGCAUGGUAAUAAUGCCUUAAAGCAAUUCUCCGUCAUGAAUCCCAAGGUAUCUAGUCUAGCUAUAACAUCAUAGACCAGGAAGAAACACAAUGUCCUGACCAAUGGGUAAAAGCAGCAGGUGGUCACGUGAUCACCUGCUGGGUGUCGACGAGCGGUGCGAUUCGUUCGAGAAAUGGAACAGAAAAUGAUGAUCUGUUCAGAAGCAAUAGGACGGUCACCCGCUGCUUUUAAUGGUUGGCACAGUGUGUUUAGACCUUAAGGUUUUCACUACUAGUGAUUUUGGUAGGCAGGCUACUGUUGGUAGCUCCUAUGGGGUCUUGGUGUACCAUAUUGUCAACCUGUGGUUGUUGACAUGGACAUUUUAAUAAUAAUGUUUGUGUAUUAUUGUUGAUGAUUGGGGUGUCAUGCUUUCAAGAUGUUACUUGUUUUUAUGCAUUGAAUGCCCUUUAGUGUAAUAGAAAGUGUUACUGGGUUUCACCUCUGACAAACUCUCUCUAUGUCUCUCUCUCUGUGUCUCUCUCUCUCUCUGUGUGUCUCUCUCUCUCUGUGUCUCUCUCUCUCUCUGUGUGUCUCUCUCUCUCUCUCUGUCUCUCUCUCUGUGUGUCUCUCUCUCUCUCACUGUGUCUGUCUGUCUCUCUCUCUCUCUCUCUCUCUCUCUCUCUCUGUGUCUUUCUGUGUCUCUCUCUCUGUGUCUCUGUGUCUCUCUCUGUGUGUCUCUCUCUCUCUGUCUCUCUCUCUCUCUGUGUCUCUGUGUCUCUCUCUCUCUGUGUCUCUCUCUCUGUGUCUCUCUCUCUGUGUCUCUCUCUCUGUCUCUCUCUCUCUCUCUGUGUCUCUCUCUCUCUCUGUGUCUCUCUCUCUCUCUCUGUGUCUCUCUCUCUCUCUGUGUCUCUCUGUGUCUCUCUGUCUCUUUCUCUCUGUGUCUCUCUCUGUGUCUCUCUGUCUCUUUCUCUCUGUGUCUCUGUCUCUCUGAAACUGUUGUUCAUAUCAUUGUGAUAUUUUUCUAGUUACCUUUGUCAGUAUUUGGUUUUGAAAAAGUUUCCCAUUUUACCCAGCUGGUGUUUUUAAUUUGUCUUCUCUCAGCACGGUAAUGUCCCCCCCUCUCUCUCUCUCUCUCUCUCUCUCUGUCUCUGUCUCUGUCUCUGUCUCUGUCUCUGUCUCUGUGUCUGUCUCUGUGUCUGUCUCUGUGUCUGUCUGUCUGUCUGUCUGUCUGUCUGUCUGUCUGUCUGUCUGUCUGUCUGUCUGUCUGUCUGUGUGAUGACUAACACCUCUAGCACACUUUGAGAAAACAGGUAUUGGUGACAAAUCUAUUGAAUUACGUUUUCAAUCAGAACUCUUUUACCUCACAUACAGUACCAGUCAAAAGUUUGGACACACCUACUCAUUCAAGGGUUUUUCUUUAUUUUUACUAUUUUCUACAUUGUAUAAUAAUAGUGACGACAUCAAAACUAUGAAAUAACAUAUAUGGAAUCAUGUAGCAACCAAAAAAGUGUUUAACAAAUCAAAAUAUAUUUUAUAUUUGACAUUCUUCAAAGUAGCUACCCUUUUGCCUUGAUGACAGCUUUGCACAUUCUUGGCAUUCUCUCAACCAGCUUUUCAUUCACUCAUCCCAAACCAUCUCAAUUGGGUUGAGGUUGGGUGAUUGUGGAGGCCAGGCCAUCUGAUACAGCACUCCAUCACGCUCCUUCCUGGUCAAGUGGGGUCAUUGUCCUGGAGAAAAACAAAUGAUUCCCUGCAGAAUUCUGUGGUAGCCAUGCUGGUGUGCCUUGAAUUCUAAAUGAAUCACUGACAGUGUCACCAGCAAAGCACCCCCACAGCAUCACACCUCCUCCUCCAUGCUUCACGGUGGGAACCACACAUGCGGAGAUCAUCCGUUCAACUUCUCUGCGUCUCACAAAAGACCACAGCAGUUGGAACCAAAAAUCUCACAUCCUUGGGCUGAAAUUUCUGAGGCUGGUAACUCUAAUGAACCUAUCCUCCGCAACAGAGGUAACUCUGCGUCUUCCUUUCCUGUGGCGGUCCUCAUAAGAGCCAGUUUCAUCAUAGUGCGACUGCACUUUAAGAAACUUUCAAGGUUUUUGAGAUUUUCCGGAUUGACUGACCUUCAUGUCUGAAAGUAAUGAUGGACUGUCGUUUCUCUGUGCUUAAUUGAGCUGUUCUUGCCAUAAUAUGGACUUUGGUGUUUUACCAAAUAGGGAUAUCUUCUGUAUACCACCCCUACCUUCUCACAACACAACUGUCUCAAAUGCAUUAAGAAGGAAAGAAAUUCCACAAAUGAACUUUUAACAAGGCACACCUGUUAAUUGAAAUGCAUUCCAGGUGACUACCUCAUGAAGCUGGUUGAGAGAAUGCCAAGAGUGUGCAAAGCUGUCAUUAAGGCAAAGGGUGGCUCCUUUGAAGAUUCUACAAUAUAAAAUAUAUUUUGAAUUGUCUUAAGUUUUUUGGUUACUAUAGGAUUCCAUAUGUGUUAUUUCAUAGUGUUGACGUCUUCACUAUUCUACAAUGUACAAAAUCGUUAAAAAAUAAGAAAAACCCUUGAAUGAGUAGUUGUCCAAACUUUUGACUGGUAGUGUACAUGAAGACCUAGGUGUAUGUAUGAUGUGUCAGACGCUGCGUUCAGUCACACACUGUCACACACCUCCUUGUUUAAAACAGUCUUCUAUCAGUCUCCGAUUUCAACUCACAGGGAAGACUAGUUGUGUUUCUUUGUCAGAUUUGUUUUGUUACUUUCUCCUCUAAUUAACUUUUGAGUGUCCAUGUUGUUUUCACCCUGUACUCCCCACACUAUCAACAUUUCUUUUGCCGUCUUUCAAUUGUAAUAAAAUGUUAAUUGCAACCCAUACCUUCAUACUGCAUAUUUAUUUCAUGCCAUACCAACCUAUACCGGCCCCUACCAACCCAUACCGGCCCCGACCAACCCAUACCUUCAUACUGCAUAUUUAUUUCAUGCCAUACCAACCUAUACCGGCCCCUACCAACCUAUACCGGCCCCGACCAACCCAUACCGGCCCAUACCAACCCAUACCUUCAUACUGCAUAUUUAUUUCAUGCCUUACCAACCCAUACCGGCCCCUAACAACCCAUACCGGCCCCUAACAACCCAUACCGGCCCCUACCAACCCAUACCGGCCCCGACCGGCCCCUACCAACCCAUACCGGCCCCCGACCGGCCCCUACCAACCCAUACCUUCAUACUGUAUAUUUAUUUCAUGCUUUACCAACCCAUACCGGCCCCUACCAACCCAUACCGGUCCCGACCAACCCAUACCGGCCCCGACCAACCCAUACCGGCCCCUACCAACCCAUACCGGCCCCUACCAACCCAUACCGGCCCCGACCAACCCAUACAGGCCCCUACCAACCCAUACCUUCAUACUGCAUAUUUAUUUCAUGCCAUACCAACCUAUACCGGCCCCUACCAACCCAUACCGGCCCCGACCGGCCCCGACCAACCCAUACCUUCAUACUGCAUAUUUAUUUCAUGCCAUACCAACCUAUACCGGCCCCUACCAACCCAUACCGGCCCCGACCCAACCCAUACCUUCAUACUGCAUAUUUAUUUCAUGCCUUACCAAACCAUACCGGCCCCGACCAACCCCGACCGGCCCCUACCAACCCAUACAGGCCCCUACCAACCCAUACCUUCAUACUGCAUAUUUAUUUCAUGCCUUACCAACCCAUACCGGCCCCGACCAACCCAUACCGGCCCCUACCAACCCAUACAGGCCCCUACCAACCCAUACCUUCAUACUGCAUAAUUAUUUCAUGCCUUACCAACCUAUACCGGCCCCUACCACCCCCUACCAGCCCCUACCAACCCAUACUGGCCCCUACCAACCCAUACCUUCAUACUGCAUAUUUAUUUCAUGCCUUACCAUCCCAUACCGGCCCCGACCAACCCCGACCAACCCAUACCGGUCCUGACCAACCCCUACCAACCCAUACCGGCCCCUACCAACCCAUACCGGCCCCCGACCAACCCAUACCGGCCCCCGACCAACCCAUACCGGCCCCCGACCAACCCAUACCGGCCCCCACCAACCCAUACCGGCCCCUACCAACCCAUACCGGCCCCGACCGGCCCCUACCGACCUCGACCGACCCCUACCGGCCCCUACCGACCCCUACCAACCCAUACCGGUCCCGACCAACCCAUACCGGCCCCGACCGACCCCUACCAACCCAUACCGGUCCCGACCGACCCAUACCGGUCCCGACCGACCCAUACCGGCACCGACCGACCCCUACCGACCCAUACCGGGCCCAUACCGGCCCCCUACCGACCCCGACCGACCCCUACCGGCCCCGACCGACCCAUACCGGCCACCUACCGACCCCCGACCGACCCCAUACCGGCCCCUACCAACCCAUACCGGCCCCGACCGACCCAUACCGGCCAACGACCGGCCCCCUACCGACCCCUGCCGGACCCUGCCAGCCCAUACCGACCCAUACCAACCUAUAUCUUCAGGCAUGACUUGUGAUAUUGAUUUGUCAGUUGUGAUUUAAUAUAUUGCUAAACAGUUUAAAGCUAAGGUAUGGCUAGACGAGACAUUGUUUGAUUAAAGCAAAAGGAUCGUCAGAGAAGACUGACCUGAAAGAGAGAUCUGGGCCUGUAUUUAGUGUCGAGUACUAGUGCUGAUCUAGGAUCAGGUCCCCAUUCUUGUUGAUUAUUGAUUUAAAAGGUUAAACUGAUCCUAGAUCAGCACUCCUCCUAUGAGACUGAAUACAGGCCCUGUUGUGACUCCAUCGGAGUCUCUCAAACCCCAGCAGGUUAGAGGGACAUUGCUGUACAGUGGUAUAUAUAUAUUUUUUACAGUAAUCAUGAUUUUGGAGCAUAUUUCCUUCCUUGUCACAAUAAAGCACUUUUUUAAAGAA